AUGGAGCAGACCGUGCUCAAAGCUCUGCAACAGGACUGUGCUCGCCAAAUCAGCAGCAUUGAAUUUUAUUACCCUUCAGGUCAACUGCGAGCCAAUCCGGAAAGCCGGGACAAAGACGACGACAGACGGGCCUGGGGUUAUGGAGAUCCAGAGACAGAGCACAUUGAAGGACUUGAAGAAUCCAUUCAAUAUGUCUCUGAUAUACUUGAGAGACAUGGUCCUUUUAUCGGGAUCAUGGGAUUUUCAACAGGCGCCUGCUUGGCUGCUAUUAUCACCUCCCUUCUUGAAAAGAGGAGAUCGAUCGGCAGCUUCAAUUUCACCCAAGAUCAUCCCCCGAUGGAGUUUGCUAUUUGCCUGAGCGGGUUUCAGCUAGCACAGGCUGAUUAUGCGCCGAUAUAUUACCCCAAGAUCAAAACACCAAUACUUCAUGUCAUGGGAUGUUUAGAUCCUAUGAUUACUCCGUCUCGGUCCUUGCGGUUAGCAAAGAAUUGCGUUAAUGCCGAUAUUUACCAAUUCUGGGGGACUCAUUAUGUUCCUCGAACGCGAGACUUCCUGAAAGUUGUCAGUGGAUUUAUUGAAGGGAUUCUGAUUGACCAUAAAGUUCAAUGCGACCAAUACUCGCGCAAUCGCUCGCGCGCAACUGGAGCGGGCGAACCCAUCGAAACUGCCAAACCAUCCGCCAACUGUCCAGUGCUCCUCGCAGUGCUCCUCGCAACAGCCGCCUCCGCGCCCGCCUGGAAAUCCCCCCCUCCUUUCCCCAUUACCAAGACAUGCCCUGAACCAAGCUGCAAUUGUCCACCCACGCCGGCUCUGCCGGAGGAUUUACCGAUCGAUCAUGAACAAGCCUUAAAUGGGACGAUGGCUGCCUACGCGCAGCAGCUUCUCGUCUGCACAGGACAGCCAGACUGGACAAGUCGAAUUGAGGAUGAUGGCAAAAAUACAGGCUGGGGCAACCUUGUGAGGGGACUGAAGAGCCUGCUAGGUCGUGGUGGGCCAUAUCUCGAUCCUUUCAACAAUGUCUUGAUUACGAAUUCAUCCAUCGCGCCAGCUGCAGGCUCCUCCCCCGCCUCAGCCUCGGCAUUCCUUUUCCCCAGCUUCAAAUACAUCCCCUCAAUACCCGCGAACACGACCUCAUCGCCCGAUCAAGCAACCGACCUAACGACCUUCGUGCGCGCAUAUCUUCUCCCUGAACGACUCCACGACAUGCACUCCUCUCUCCCCGCAACCAAACAAGCAGACAUGACCCGAUCCCCGGAGCUAGUAUCAAGCUUCCCGGAGGUAAUAGACAUCAACCACUCUCCAACAGUGUUAAUAUGUGGACAUGGAGGUCGCGACAUGCGCUGUGGUGUCAUGGCCCCCGCCUUGGAAAGCGAGUUUAAGCGUGUGUUGCAAGCACGAGGAUUCACCUCUGCGGACAGUUUCGGGACUACGGUGGAUGACCCCAACCAUGCUAAUAUUGGCCUGAUCAGUCAUGUUGGAGGACACAAAUACGCAGGCAACGUGAUUGUUUAUAUCCCGCCGAAGAUGACAGUGGGAACAUCUUCAGAACCUCACCCGCUGGCGGGUAAGGGGAUUUGGUAUGGCCGCAUUGAGCCCAAGCAUGUGGAGGGGCUUGUGGAUGAGACUAUUCUCGGCGGGAAAGUGGUUACGGACCAUUUCCGAGGUGGCAUUGACAGGAAUGGUGAUAUUCUGAGAAUGUAG